AUGGCUCCAAUCAAAUUCAUCGACAGUUCAGAAUUGUGAGUUUAUUAAAGCAUAAAUUGUGCUUCAAAUGUUUAGAAAGUUUUCGCAAUCUAAAUAAAUGAAAGUGUGUUUUUUAAGAUCGAACAAAAACCAAUUUUAUGUUCAAUGGCCAGCAGGUGGUCGAGCAAUUGAAGAUGGACAAAACGAUGAACUUGUUUUCGAAGAUAUUUCAAAUGCCACAGCAAUCCCAACAAAUGGAAACUAUUUUUCAAGAAUUGAUCAAAAUACAGUGAUCAUUGCUCAAGAAAAAUUUAAAUUAGGAUAUAAAACUGAAAAUCAAGAAAUUGUUGAAGAAGAUGUGGAAAGUGGACAAAACGCCGUUGUUCCAGCAGGUGUUGAGUUCUCGAUUAUUGGAAAUGAUGUCAAAGUGUUGAACCGACAAGUGAGUUUUUAUCUUUUAAUUUUUUUUUGAUAUCCACAAAAAAAAUAUAAAGACUCAUGCUGUUGGCACAUUGCCUCCAGUUGCUGUUCCAAAUCAAUUGCCUUCUGAUUUUGCCGCUGGAAAAAUUGUGAAUCUUGUUGAUGCAUCUUCCGUUGGUGCAGUUCUCACCAAAAAUCGUGAAAAUCACGUUGAUUUUGCAAAUUUUCCUGGAUCUAAUACAAAUGCAUCGAAUGUUGGAAUCCUUGAGAACACAUUCAAUAUGGAAUGGCAAGAUGUUGAUGGAAAACGACAAGUUCAUUUUGUUGGAACUGGUGGAGUAUUAACAGGAGGUGAAGGGAAUCCUGGUGUUGUGCUUGCUGGAGAUAAAGAGAUUCAUGUCAAUGUAAGUUUUAUAUGAUCAUAGUUGCUUUAUAUUGAAAUUCUUGAAUUUCAGCUGCUCCUGAAACGCAUUGAUGGAUCAUUCUACCUCGAUGCUAAUCAAGAUUUCCUCAUGGUGACUGCUGAAUCAAAUACAACAAACGGAGAUCCAAAUCCAGAAACCUUAAAAAUCGCAAAAUUCCCAGCUUCUGGAGUCAAACUUCCAAUUGGUUUCUGGCAUUCUGUUCCAUUCCCAGUACCUGGAGAUUCUAAGUUAUUUUUGAAUGAGUUUGUUGUAAAAACCAACGCAAAUAGCGUUAUUAAUGUUGCCGGUGAAACCGGAAGUCCACUCAAAAUUCACUUGUAA